UGGUUCCAAAACAUCAAAAUUGGUAAAUCCGCAAGCUGGACCAAGACUAUUACCUUCCGUAUAUUUUUUGAUCUAUUCCUUCGUGUUUGAUUAAAUGUAAAUCUAAAAAAUGGAAACGAAACCUAUAUAUGUUCUUUAUGGCUCUGAAACAGGCACUGCAGAAGAAUUGUCGGAGAGACUGUAUAGAAAUCUGAUCCGCCUCGGGUAUAGAGUAGUUACACUUCCUAUGGAUGAAUUUGAUACUCAAAAACUAAUUGAACCUCUCCUUUGCGUGUUUGUUUGCAGUACCACGGGACAAGGUGAAAUGCCUUUAAAUAUGCGGAAAUUUUGGAAAUUUUUACUUAAAAAACGUCUUCCCAUGAAUCUUCUUGAUGAUAUGCAAUACGCUGUUUUUGGGUGUGGUGAUACCUCUUACGUAAGAUACAAUUGGGCCUCAAAGAAAUUGGAUAGCCGUCUUCGACAACUUGGUGCUCAAAGCUUUUGUCCUAGAGGUGAAGGUGACGAGCAACACCCUCAAGGGGUCGAAGGUGGAUUUGCAUUUUGGUGCACACAUUUAAGCUCCGCAUUGGCAACCGUCAAAACUCCAUCUCAACCAGCUCUCAGAGAUUCCGAAAACAUACCUCCCUCUUAUUCAAUUAUUCGAUCUGGUAAUACACAUGAAUUAACAGAACAACCGCAACACACGAGAGGAGCGAUCCCCUCUACCCUCCAAGAAAAUAAUCGCAUAACUGCAGACAAGCACUGGCAGGAUGUUAGAAAGGUUGGACUUUCACUACCCAGCUCGGUGAGUUGGAAACCAGGAGAUAUUGCAGUUUUGUAUCCCUGGAAUGAUGAUGAGAGUGUCCAUAGUUUUCUGAGGUGUUUGAAGUGGGAUUCCUUCGCUGAUGAUUUAGUAUUUAUAACCUCUAAUAUUCCAGAACGAAAAAACCCUUGGCUCCCAAAUCCAUUAACAGUUUUCAAUUUUGUGAAGUACGUUAUUUCCAUACAUUCUGUGCCAAAUCGUACCUUCUUUGAAUACGCUGCACAUUUCACAAAUGAUGAUUUACACAAAGAAAGGCUGUUAGAGUUUGCUAGUCUUGAAGGUUUAGACGAUUAUUAUGACUAUGUUACCAGACCUCGUAGAACAUUACUUGAAACUCUGCAAGAGUUUCACUCGGUUCAUAUACCUUUUGAAUACGCUUUAGACGCUCUCCCUGUAAUUCGUGGCCGGCAGUAUUCCAUAGCAAACCGCUGCAAUCAGAGCGAAGGAAAACUCGAGCUACUAAUUGCAUUGGUGAAGUAUCAGACUAUUCUAAAAGAGCCUCGACAAGGAAUCUGUAGUCGGUGGUUAGCACAUCUUCAUCAAGGAAUUCAUUUUAACAUCGAAAUUUUACCAGGAUUCCUUUCACUUCCUUAUACACUAGACAGACCUUUAAUUGGUGUGGGUCCUGGUACCGGUGUUGCACCGUUACGCUGUUUGAUUCAAGAGAGGGUGAAUCUUGAAAUCAAGAAUAAUGUGUUGUUUUUUGGAUGUCGAAAGGAAUCUAUGGAUUAUCUUCUUCGUGAAGAUUGGGAGUAUCACAAGAAUGCCGGAAAUUUACAGUUGUAUUGCGCAUUUUCUCGCGACCAAGAGAAGAAAGUAUAUGUUCAACAUAAAAUCCAAGAAUAUGAAGAAAUGAUAUAUCAUACACUACGUGAAGAGGGAGGAAUGGUAUGUGUUUGCGGUUCAUCAGGAAGUAUGCCGAAUGCUGUUCGUGAUGCCAUUGCAGGCAUUAUCUCAAAAUUUGCAGGUGAGAGUAUAUCCGAAGGUUAUGAGUUUCUAAAAAAGCUUGAAAAAGAAAGAAGGUUCUUUCAAGAGACAUGGUAAAUAACUUGGUAUUUAUUGUCUUUCCCUAAUACAUUAUACCCAAAAAAAGGAUUCAAUAGAUCAUUUUACUUUUAUAAACAAAAUUGGAUAUUAGAGAACGUAGGAAUUAAUUGAGUUCAUUAACAUAAUCAUCAUUUAAAGUUAUC